AUGGGAUUACUUCGACAUUUCUCAACUGAUAUGGUUAAUACAGUAAUUGAUGAAUUGGUAAAUUAUGAAUUAAUACGACAAGGACAAUACAUAAAUACAAGAUCGCAUGCAAUUGUUCAUAUAAAAGCUUUUCCAUCUAAACAUGUCUUAAAUGAUCCAAUAAAACAUAAUCUAAUAAAUCAAUUAUUCGAGGAAGUGAAAUUAAACUUAACAAUCUAUAUGUCAAUGUUAUGUAAUAGUCAUAUAAAAGAUAAACAAGUAUUAACUGUCGAUGGUAAACAAAUGUUGUUAUUACCUGAACAUAAAUUAUUGUAUGAACAUUUAAAAAGAAAAUAUCCUAAUAGAAAUUUUGACGGUACGUUUUGA